AUGGCAGUGAACCCUUUGCUGGCACAGGAUGGAGCCAACCAGUCGCUCUUCCCGAUGCCAGAAACCGGAGAGGCCUUUGUCCUGAAGCGGGACAACAUUGAUUUUGAGUGCUCGCUCCCCCGUGGAGGCAAGCUUUGGGGCAGGGGCUCCUUCUUUCUCUCCUCGAAGCGGAUCGUUUUCGUUGCUUUGGACAAGUCAUGUCGGCAAGAUUUUCGAUCCUUCGCGAUCCCACUUCAGACACUUAGGAAGCCAAAGUUCGAGCAGCCGAUCUUCGGUGCCAACUACUUAGCUGGAUCCACACGGCCGCUCCCUGGAACUGAAAACGACCAGACGGCGGCCCCACUGUUGGGUGGAGACACGGUUUUCUAUUUGACCUUUCGCAGUGGAGGUUGCAAUACUUUUCUGCAACUCCUCUUCCAGCUCUUGUCGGAGGUCCAGGCGCAGAACUCUCAAAACACCAUUGCACAAGCAGCGCAGGAGGGUCGCUUGAAUCAGGUGGCCUAUGUUGAUCCCAGCGAUCCGUCAGUGCUAUAUCUUUCUCAACCUACUGCCGUAGCGGGUUCGGAGGAGCAAACUAACUUCCAAAUGGACACCCCUUCGGCGCCUCCACCUGAAGGACAUCCUCAACCUGCACGUGGUGGCGGCAACCAGCAGUGUGUCAUUGGCUAG